GGCCCGGGGGCGGGGCUCGGCCCUCGGUGGUGCUCAGAGGCAGCGCUCAGCGCUCGGGAGCUGUCAGCUCUGAGUAAACCUCCCAGGGACACUACCUGCAGCUUCAUCUCUCUCCUUGUCCGACUUGGAAUCCGCCACAGGUGCCUGAAAGGCUGCUGGAGCCCUUUAUGCUUCGGGGUGACUGGGGCCAGCAGCUGGCACAGUAGGAUGCGCCCGUGCUCUCCUCAGCAGAACAGGAACAGGUUGUCACAGCUGGGAGACAUGGAACUGACUUGGCAAGAGAUCAUGUCCAUUACUGAGCUUCAGGGUCUGAACGCUCCAAGUGAGCCAUCCUUUGAGGCCCAAGCACCCACCACAUACCCUGGGCCACUGCCACCUCCAACAUACUGCCCCUGCUCGGUUCAUCCAGAUGCAGGCUUCUCCCUCCCACCGCCACCAUACGAGCUCCCAACACCCACUGCCCAUGUCCCAGACCUCCCAUACUCCUAUGGCAACAUGGGCAUACCGGUGUCGAAGCCACUCACCCUUUCAGGCCUGCUCCACGAGCCCCUCCCAGAACCCUUAGCUCUCUUGGACAUUGGGCUGCCGGUGGGACAACAGAAGCCCCAAGAAGACCCGGAAUCUGACUCAGGAUUAUCCCUCAACUACAGUGACGCGGAAUCUCUUGAGCUAGAAGGCGCAGAGGCUGGCAGACGGCGGAGCGACUAUGUGGACCUGUACCCGGGGGAGUACACUUACUCAUUGAUGCCUAACUCGUUGGCCCACCCCAACUAUUCUUUGCCGCCCACUGAGACACCCCUGGCCAUAGAGUCCGCCGGCCCUGGGCGAGCGAAGUCUGCUGUCCGUGGGGAGGCGGGGAGCCGGGACGAACGGCGGGCCCUGGCCAUGAAGAUUCCCUUCCCUACGGACCAGAUCGUCAACCUGCCAGUAGACGACUUUAAUGAGCUGUUGGCACAGUACCCGCUAACGGAGAGCCAACUGGCUCUAGUCCGGGACAUCCGACGGCGGGGCAAGAACAAGGUGGCGGCCCAGAACUGUCGCAAGAGAAAACUGGAAACCAUUGUGCAGCUGGAGCGGGAACUGGAGCGGCUGGGCAGUGAAAGGGAGCAGCUUCUCAGAGCCCGCGGUGAGGCCGACCGCACUCUGGAGGUCAUGCGCCAACAGCUGGCAGAGCUGUACCAUGACAUUUUCCAGCAUCUUCGUGAUGAAUCCGGCAACAGUUACUCACCAGAGGAAUAUGUACUACAACAGGCUGCUGAUGGAGCCAUCUUUCUGGUACCCCGUGGGACGAAGAUGGAGGCCACAGAUUGAGCUGGC